CUCAUUCUUCAUUAUAAAACUAACCCUCUCCUUCUAUCAUCGCCCUCAUUCUCUCUCUCUCUCUCUCUCUCUCUCAUACCAGAUUAAAGAAAGAAAAAGAAAAUAUGGGUUUGGGAUUGGAAGCUUUUUUCUGCGUUUUGUUCUUCUCUUUCACCGCUCUUUUCUCUUUGUUUUCUUUGUUGAUCUUCAUCUUGAGGCUUAAGCCGUGGUGCAACUGCGAGGUUUGCCGGAGUUACUUGUCGGCCGGUUGGGCGAAGGAGUUUGGGAAUUUUUGCGAUUGGUAUACGCAUCUUCUCCGGAACUCACCAACCGGGACUAUACACGUUCACGUCCUCGGCAACAUCAUCACCGCCAACCCCGAAAACGUCGAAUACAUCCUUAAAACCAGGUUCGACAACUACCCGAAAGGUAAGCCGUUUUCGGUCAUUCUCGGUGACCUUCUCGGCCGCGGAAUUUUCAACGUUGACGGUGACUCGUGGAGGUUUCAGCGGAAAAUAGCCAGCCUGGAGCUCGGUAGCGUCUCGGUUCGGUCCUACGCGUUCGAUGUUGUCACCUCCGAGAUCCAAUCGAGGCUAAUCCCUCUCUUACAAUCCGUUGCCGGCAAAGAAGGCGGAGUUUUAGACUUACAAGACGUGUUUCGCCGCUUCUCCUUCGACAACAUUUGCAGAUUCUCGUUCGGAUUAGACCCAGGCUGUCUCCAGCUGUCGCUUCCCAUGUCAAGUUUCGCGCUUGCCUUCGACCUCGCUUCCAAAUUAUCAGCCGAGCGAGCCAUGGCGGCCUCGCCGAUAAUCUGGAAGAUCAAACGGCUACUAAAUUUGGGCUCAGAAAGGAAGCUAAAGGAAGCAAUCAAAACGGUGCAUAAUCUAGCCAACGAGAUGAAAAAUCAGCGGCGGAGAAUGGGCUUUUCCAACCAGAAUGAUCUCCUCUCAAGAUUCAUGGCUUCCAUUGAAGACGACGAAUAUCUCCGCGACAUCGUCAUAAGCUUCGUCUUGGCUGGCCGUGACACGGUGGCAUCCGCCUUGACCAGUUUCUUCUAUUUGUUAUCGCAGCACCAGAGUGUUGAGGCUGCGAUUCGGGUCGAGUUGGAGCGGGUCAUUGGGCGGACUCAGGAGGUGGCGAGCUUCGACCAAAUGCACCAAAUGCAUUACUUGAACGCGGCAAUCUUUGAGAGUAUGAGGCUUUUUCCGCCAGUUCAAUUUGAUUCCAAGUUUUGCCAGGAGGAUGAUAUAUUGCCGGACGGUACCUUUGUAAGCAAAGGCACCAGGGUUACGUAUCAUCCCUACGCAAUGGGUCGGAUGGAGCGGAUUUGGGGUCCCGAUUGUCUGGAAUUCAAGCCAGAGAGGUGGUUAACGAACGGCGUUUUCCGGCCGGAAAGCCCAUAUAAGUAUCCAGUUUUUCAGGCUGGACUUAGGGUUUGCUUGGGGAAGGAAAUGGCACUUGUAGAGAUGAGAAGUGUUGUGCUUGCCCUAGUCCAACGGUUUGAUAUACGGGUCGCAGGUCCGAACCGGGCACCGCGGUUCGCUCCGGGUCUUACCGCUACCGUGAGGGGCGGCCUGCCUGUUCUAGUUCAAGAAAGGGGGGCUUAACACUACCGCCAUUAAUUGUUUGGCCAUGCAUAUGUCCUGUGAAAGAUCUCCUCUUAACUAGGCGCACGUUAGUGAUUUUCUAAUGAGGAAUGUGCUAACUGGCCGUAAUUAAUCCCCAUCGUGUAGAUUACAAUUGUGUACAACAUGUUUUAUAUGAUCUAGUGGGUGCUCUUGGUCAUUUUUGGCUUGUGAAUCACCUUAUCAUACUGUAAAGGAUGCUUUCAAUGGAUUCUUGUUUUUAGGCUA